UUUCCGCAAAUUGUCAAAAUUGUGUUACCGACGACUGGCGACGUAGGCUAUCAUUCUACACCAAAACAGAGAAUUCAGCAAAACAUGUUUUGACGGCGGCAUGUCUCGUUACGAUGUGGAUGAAGGGGAAUUGUUGAGAUAUUUGCGUGGUGAAAUAACAUUUGAACAGUGGUCUGAUGGACAUAAGUUGAAGGAAUUACUGGAAGAUGUGGAUAGGUUAGAAGAUGAUACAACAGGCACUGAUGAGGCCACAACUAGUGGUGAACAAGAGCAACAAGAUGUCCCCAGUAGUGAUGACAGUAAUGAGGAGGAUGACAGAGCAACAGGGUCAUCUUAUGCAGUUGGUGAUGAAGCAAUGACAUCAACAGGAAUUGUUGGAGAGGAUUCGUUUACCUUAGGAGCACCAGGGGACAAUGCAUAUGAGAUUGAAUUAGAAAUGGAAAAAGAGAAACGUAAAAAGAAGAAAACACGAUUCCAUAACCGCUUACCGAAAACUCUCAGAGGUCUAAUGGGUGAAGCAAACUUAUGUUUUGCACGUGGGGCAAGAGAGGACGCAAUCAAGAUGUGCCUGGAAAUAAUUCGCGAAGCUCCAAGGAGUUAUGAACCUUAUCACUUACUUGGAAUGAUGCAUGAAGACCAAGGAGAUAACGAAAAGGCUCUGCAGUUCCUAUUAAUAGCUGCCCAUCUACACCCAAAAGACACUGAUGAAUGGGUGAAACUUGCAGAGAUGUGUCUAGAACAGAAUGAUACAAGACAGGCUAUUAACUGCUACACUAAAGCAUUGAGGCAAAACCAGCAGAACAUUGGUCUUCAAUGGCAACGAGCAAAGUUGUAUGAGAAGAUUGGCGAUCACAAAAAGGCCAUUGAGUCGUACCAGAAAAUUGUUGAUCUAUUGCCAAUAGAACAAGGGGAACAGUGUUUACAGAUUGCAAGGGACAUGGCUAGGAGUUGCCACUUGAAUAAGGAUGUACACUCGGCCAUUAACAUUCUGGAACAAGCAGUCUCCAAGCAUCCAUCUCUGAUCACAUCUGAAGAUGUGAAUAUGUUGGCUGAACUACACAUAUGUCAGAAGCAGCACCAACGGGCGUUACAAGUGAUCUGUGAUCAUUGUGGUGUGCAGAUGACCUCACGUGACUCUACCGCCAUCAUGGAACAAAUCACCCAAGCCGAGACUGACUCGGGAUCAGAAGCUCCAUCAGUAGAUGUGAUGGUUCCCGAGGAAUUACCGAUCGAUCUGAGAGUGAAGCUUGGCGUGUGCUUAAUUUAUGCGAAAUAUCUGCAGGCAUCGAGGGCAGUAUUGCAUGAUUUGUUUGACCAAUCAGUAGAUGACUUUGGGGAUCUGUUUUUUGAUGUUGCAGAGGCUUACCUUGAAGUUGGUUGUUUCAACGAUGCAAAACCUAUUAUUGCAACUCUAGUACAGAGCGAGGGGUACAAUCUUGCCGCAGUGUGGCUUCGGUAUGCAGAGUGUCUGAACUCAUUAGAAGAAAAAGAGCAUGCUGCAAGUGCAUAUAGGCGCGUACUGGAACUAGCGCCCUCGCACAUCGAUGCUCGCUUGGCGCUAUCUGCAAUUGAACAGCAGCUUGGUAGAUCUCAAGCAGCCCUUGAUGUCCUCUCUCACGAAACACAGAUGGAGGAUGAGGAUUCGUCAACAGAAAAAGACAUACAGCUGAUCCACCAGAAGUGUAUGUUGUUGUACUCCCAAGGUGAUAUGCGCAUGUUUGCUAAGCAAGGACUCAGAAUGAUGGCUCAUCACUUCUCUGAUACUUUUUACCACAACGAAAAUAUCUCAAAUGAUUUGAAAACACGCAGAAAAAUAAGAAUGUUAAAAUAUCAACGUCACUUACGAAUACUGACAGAGGCUGAGCCCUGUAAUCUGAUAGGGGACGACAGUCUGAUCGCGAAAGAGGUCUGGUGGGAAUUAUUCAAGAAGGUAUCGCAGGCCCUGGCAAGCUGUGGGGAGUUCACAGCGCUGCAUCAUCUGCUGUCGUCAGCCAUGUGGUCAAAUCAAUAUGCAAAUCAUCCACUAAAGUUGAAGGAAAUUGGACAUAUGAUGAUAUUUGCAGCAUACCUCAGUGGUGAUUUUCUAAACCAAAAAGCAAACUGGUAUUUAAGAAAUGCCUGCAGAAAGGAUGGUGAUUACACGCAGCCCUGGAAUCUGCUGGGAUUGAUGAUGGCCCAACAUCAUGACAUGAAGUUCUUGAUGCGGUUUUGUCUUCGUCUUACAAUAGGGAAAUACCCUGACAGCUUUGCUCUUGCCCUGUUGAAUGGUCACCAUGCAUUUCAUAGGGGAAGUUACAAGCAUGCACUAGGCGAGUAUGUGCGUGGGUACAAGAUGGACCCAGACUCCGCCAUGACAAACCUCUUCAUCGCUCUAACAUUCCUUCAUAUUGCCUGCCAAAAGUUUCCUACAAAGCGACAUAUGUUGAUAAUGCAGACAGUUGCAUUUUUAAAAGAAUAUGAAAAGCUAAGAGGUGAUACCCAAGAAACCAAUUACAACAUCGGUCGUGCAAUGCAUCACUUGGGUCUAUUUCAUCUUGCAAUACAUUUUUAUAAUACGGUCCUAGAAACAGCACCCUCUAUAGUUGAUGACAGAACAUUUGAUCUGCGCAGAGAAGCUGCGUUUAAUCUAUCGUUGAUAUACAGAUCCAGUGGGAAUGACGAUCUAGCAAACCAUAUGUUGAUGACACACAUCGUGGUAUGACACGCACAAGAUGUUAAAUGGUUUCAGUUUAAAAGACAUUAUGCACCCACAUGGUUCAGUGGUUGAGCAUUUACAGUAGCUUCAAUUUAGUGGAUAUGGUUCGAGCCAGAAGCUGGUCAUAAUGUAUUUGUCUUUUGGUUACUGUCUGUUCAUCCAGAUGGUUGGUCCUUUGUUUAUCCAGAUUUUUUAAUGGUUGGUCCUUGAUAUCGUAGAUUAAUGUUUCAAUGAAACAUGUAUGCAACAGUGGUAUAGACAGUAGACUUACAGUCAAAGCAAUGUAAUGCAUUGGGACUACAUACAGGUGUCCCAAGUUGGAAGAAGUAAUUUCCGGCAGAUCUGUUAUAAGCUUUCUCAGGACAUCUAAUUUUGUUUUGCUGCUUAUGGUGAUAACAAAAAUAGACACUGACUUCUGUGAGACAAAUGACAAUAAAAGGUAAUACAAUAGUAAAAGCAUGCAGAUUUAAUUAAUUUGCUGGAGAUGGGUUAUUUUCCAGGACAUUCUUGUCAGGAAGCAGACGGACGUCCUGAUUUACUGGAGAGACUUGCAAUUUGCGAGAGACUUGGGACCCACAUUUUAGCAGUCUCAAUGCUAUUUAAAAAAGAAAAGUGUAUGCUUUUCAGAUUUUGAAUUGAA